CCAGCAACCCACAUAGUGGGCGAGACCGGUUCGAUUCACCAGACCAGACCCGCUCCUCCUCUGCUCCACCAUCAUCGCCUAAAUGCUGCCUGCAAAAACAAGAGAAAUAACCAAGCUCCAUGCUUUGGUGAGUUGUACAAGGCAGAAGAGUAAAUGGAUGGAAGAGAAAAUGGAUCUGGGUUGCAGAAAAUUGAUUGGAGGCAUGGGUAGUAGGUUGAUGUGGUUGAAGGGGUGUGGGAGAAAGUUCCUGACUUUCUGCUUUCUCUAUAAGAAGCAGAGGAGAACGAAGGAAGUAAAGGGAGAGGAGGGGCAGUUUGUUCAAUCUCUUUUCCAAUUUCAACUCCAUUCCAGUGCCAGAGAAAUCAAUCCCUGCAAUCGUUUUCAUUCCACCACAGAGAAAAUAAACAUAAUCCAUAUAUGCAUCCUCCAAACCAUACAAUCAUAUCACCUUUAAACUUCAUUCUCCAUUUACGAAAACCAAAAGACAGAAAAUACCAAUCUACCAGAAUACUGCCAUCGUUCACCUCCGCCGUCAUCGCUAUUCUCCCCACGGGUCCUCUGCUCACUGAUCUCCUCCGUCGUUUCCUCCCGCUGUCACAUUCACCUCCCGAGUCUGUCGCAACUACUGCCCGCUAGCUCCUCGCCGCCAUUAUCGGCACCCUCCGCAACUCCUCAUCGCUGCGCCUUCCAUAUCUACCUCACCGGCCAGACCACAACAGCAUAACCGACGCCUCUAGUCGUCGUUUCUGCCCCCAGCUCGUGCCUUCGUCGCCGUCGCUGUCUGCAACUUAUCUCGUCGCGCAGGGAGAAGAAGAAAAGGAAUUCGCGAUGGAGAAGGAAGAAUCAAUUUUGGAGUGGGAGCUCUCAUCUGCGUCAGACUACACACUACAGGUAAAGGGUUCUUUUAUCCUUUAAUUUCUAUUUUCUAACUAAUGACAUCUAUCACCGCAACCCUACCAUAGUUGCAGUUUUGAUCCUCCAUCUUUUUAAGUAAACCGAAAACACCACCCACUUACUGAAACUCGAACUAACUAAAUUUAUCUUUUCAAUCUAUUUUAUAUUCGUGUAAUUUACUAUCAUUUCCAAUUUUUACAUCGUUAAAAUCUCAUAAAUCAUUUCCUUUUAAGUAAAACUAAAUAAAAUAUAAAGUAGGAAUGGAUGCGUUCCCUAAACUACAUUGUUCUAUCAAUAAUGAUUAUUAACAAACCUUUCUAAUACAAAUGAUAUUUCAAUCCAAUUAAUAUGAAUUAAUGCCAAUCGAACUACGCGGACUUUGAUCUCGAGAUGUUGGGUACGUAGGCGACCGAAAGGUUCAAGUCCACAUAACUUCUAAAAUAUUAUUUUAUCAAAUUAUACGAUCAAGUCAUUACCGAUGGGUACAUGAUCAAUUUAUCACCUAACCCUUUUUAAAUAAAUUACGAUCGAUGGAUCGUGUUCAAAUCAAUAAAAUAUUACGUACUAAUGGGUACGUGAUGAAUAAUCAUUUAACCUAUCUCAAACAAAUUACGAUUGUUGGAUCGUCAUCAAAUUAACCAACUAUUACGUACCGAUGGGUCGUAAGAAAAUGUUUUAAAACAAGUAAACAUGGCGAACUACGAGGGCUUUGAUCCCGAGAUGUCGGGUACGUAGGCGGCCUACGGGUCCAAGUCCACUAAUAAAUAAAACCCUUUUCUCCCUAAAAUUAACAAAAACGUUUAUUAAUUCUUCCAACGUAAUUACAUGUUGAUGAACAUGUAAUAUAUGUAAAAAAUGACAUCACAUAUUCGAUGUAAAUCCAAAUAAUUUCAAACAAGCAAGUAUCAAUUAAGAAGACAUCAAACUUAUAGUACCGACUUAGGGCGAUGUAAGGGUGCUAAUACCUUCCUUACUCGUAACCGACCCUCGAAACCAUAAAUCUAUUUCGCAGACCGAGCCGAGCCUAAAUCGUAACCGAUUUAUGCUUGACUUCCCAAGUGUCCAAUCCACUUUGAGAGAUGGUGGCGACUCCUCUUUUUCGCGCCGCGUCGCGGACGGACCGUUUGCGACAGUUACUAUAAUAUCUUUUUUCUUAGGAACUACUAGUCGUCAUGCAUUGAGUAAUAUUAAAAAUAGAUAGCCUUCAAAAAGAAAUUCAAUAAAGAGGUGUGUUGGGAAGAAUAAGGAAAGAGUUUCAAUAAGAACACGGAGUUGGAGUUUGAACUGAAUAUAUAAUACCUUUAAUGAAUUAUGUUAAUCUCGUACAAACAUUAAAGAGUGUUAGCACCUUAUCUGGUUUCCAACAUAAAAUAUGUUUGCCUUUAGGUGUUGGCCGGAUGAGUUUCACUUAUUAUUUAUAUUGAUUAAUAUAUAUUGAUACACUUACAUAUAUUAUUAUGCCCCUACUAUUAUUAAUAUUAUCAUAAUGGGUAGUAUUAAUUAAUGCCCUAGGUUUUCUAAAAUUAUCACCCUAACUUGGCAAUUUGACAUUUUUGCCCCAAAAAAUUCACAAUCCCUAACAAAUUUUCGCCCUAGGAUUAACGUAUGUCGCCUCCGGACGCUAUGGGAGUCUUCGCCGUCUGGGAGUGCUAUUGGGAUCACCGCCGCCGCCGAGUGUUGCUGUCACCGCCACCACGACAACUGCCUUCCGAUGCGCCCUCGACCUCGGGAUUCCUCGCGGCGGCUGGAAGUGCUGCUCGGUCCACCUCAUCGAUGUCGCCAUUACUCCAUUCCCAAGUUUGUUCCGCGGGCGGAGCGCCGAUUUUGAUGUCGCACUGAUAUCGGGGUCUGGAUCCGUCAUUUUCCAUUCCAACCUCGAACUAAUGGCGAUUUUCCUCUCAACCCGACUUGCAAAACAAUAAAAAUUAGUAUAUUUUAAAUAACAACUAGCUUAUAACCCGACCCAUUGGUCGGAAUAUGAUUAUUUGAUUAUUUAUAUUUUUAUGUUACGUUUAAGCUAAUCAAUCAGUUUAAUUUUAUUGACAAUCCUUCGAUCGAGAUGAUACAUAAAGAAAGAAUAUAUAGGUCUAACAUUUGGAGAAAUACCAUCAUCAUUUAAGAAUAUAAAAUGUAUCAUUAGUUCUAUUUUCAUAAUGAUAAUUAAGCUCUCAUUAAAAUGAUAUUGGUUAGUUGAUUGUCAAGAAAGAGGGUAUAAAAGCUCAGUGAAAUUCCACACGACCCAUAGAUAGUUUGAAACUAAAUAUUAAACAUCACAAUCCUACAUAAGGGUUUAAUGUGCUCCUUUUAUGAACAAUAUGCCACUAAUCAAAAAGAAAUGAAGAGUUGUUGAUUCAAGUCAACUAUAUACUAACAACUCAGCUAAGAGGAGACCAUCAAAACUUGAGAGCAAAAGACAAAAUUAGAGUUAUCUCUAAUAUACUAAUAGACUCAAUCAAAGUGAUAAGACACAAAAUUAGACUCUCCUUGUCUAUCAGUUCCAGUAGAUUGAAUAAAGAAUCGAUCUACUUCAAUAAAUCAAUCAAUGAUUCCUCGUUUUAAGAUAGAAAUAGGUUGUGAUAGAUGUAAAAACCAUAAAUAUAAAGUUCCAAUAGUCACCACUCUUCGUUGUACAACCAAAUUUUUAUCUCAAGAGACAUAUGUUUCAACCAGAAAUUCAAUUUCUAAUCCUCCUACUGCAACUCCAUUAUUGAUUAAACUCUUUUACAUGCCCAACUUAAAUUCCCAACAAUAAAACCGACGUGCCAAGAGAUACCGGAUGAUUGAUUUUCAAAGGCGGCCUUGUACUGGGAAGUGAAAGGGGUGCAAACUAUUGUACGAUGGAGGAAAUUUUCGAGGAAGUUAGAAAGAGAUAAGAACAAAGAUAAAAACCACAAAAUUUAAAUUGAAAAAUGCAAGGAUACAACAUGUAGUGACAAAAUUAGUUUUUCCAUGUUAGCCGAUUACCAAUUUACCUAUAGCAAAAAUUAAGGAGAGAGAAAAAUUUUAAAAUUGAGAAAGUACAUGAAACUCUACAAUGAAAAUUGAAGUAUCAAGCACCAUAAAAAUAUAUACGAUAUACUUAGUGGACUUGCUAAUCAUGAUGGAAAGUUCUACGAUUUUCAUAGAGUUGAACUUCGUGUAUGUUCUGUAUUAAAAAAGACACAACAAAUUUGUUCAGUGUAAAUGGUUGUGAUUGUCUUCUUUGUUUGAAGAAACCUGGGUUUAAAUCCUAAUGUUGAUAUUUUUCAUGUGAGAUAAAUAAUUAAUUUUAAAAACAAAAAUAUCCUUCCUACUUUCACUCUCGUUGCAUGAAAUUUGAAAUGGAGAAAACUCCACUAUGCAGUAUAUAUGAUUGGAAUGUUAUAAUUAAUUUCUUAAAACUAAAUUUGCAUCCAUCUUAAUUAUGAAACAGUACCUACACCACUCACUGGACGUCCCUGGUUGACAACCAUGAUAAGUAAGCAAGGGAAGUGCACAGCACAGAACAGAUAAGCGGCUGACAGUCUCCGGUAGAGGGCCAAAGAAGAAGAAAUGGAAGCCACACUCGCAUCCACAUCCACAACUCUCCGAACUUUCCUGACCACAUUCUCCCCUCAACUCCACUCCCUCCGAUUUUCCCCUGCUUUCCGGGAAAAACAACUCGCCGGCGCCGGAAACAAAAUCCCCACCUCGCUACUAAAGCACGAUUCAACCCGCCGGCCUUCUCGUCACUUUCCUCUGAGAGUUUCCGCAAGCUCCCAGGCAUCCCCAGAGGCCGCCGCCAAAGUCUCCGCCGUUCCUUCCACGAUGAAGGCCUGGAUUUACGGAGACUAUGGGACCGUCGACGUCUUGAAGUUCGACGAGAGCGUCUCCGUGCCGGAAAUUAAGGAGGACCAGGUUCUGGUCAAGGUCGUCGCCGCCGCUCUCAACCCAGUUGAUUUCAAGCGGAGGCAGGGGAAAUUCCAGUCCACUGAUUCUGCCCUUCCGACUGUUCCAGGGUAUGAUGUUGCCGGAGUGGUGGUGAAAGUUGGGAGCCAAGUGAAGGAGCUCAAAGAAGGAGAUGAAGUGUACGGCGACAUUCACGAGAAGGCCCUGGAUGGGCCUAAACAGUUUGGUUCCCUGGCGGAAUACACCGCCGUGGAAGAGAAAUUGCUGGCUCUUAAGCCCAAGAGUCUGGAUUUCGCUCAGGCUGCUGCGCUCCCUCUCGCAAUCGAGACGGCUUAUGAAGGUCUGGAGAGAACUGGGUUCUCUUCUGGGAAAUCGAUUCUGGUCCUCAAUGGCGCUGGUGGUGUUGGAAGCCUUGUGAUUCAGCUGGCGAAGCAAGUGUUUGGAGCAUCAAGAGUUGCAGCCACUGCCAGCACAGGGAAGCUGGAGUUCAUCAAGAGCUUGGGAGUCGAUUUGCCUAUAGACUACACCAAGGAGAACUUCGAAGACUUGCCUGAAAAGUUUGAUGUGGUCUAUGAUGCCAUUGGGCAAUGUGAUAAGGCGGUGAAAGCUAUAAAAGAAGGAGGAAGCGUGGUGGCUUUGACCGGAGCGGUGACGCCUCCAGGUUUCAGAUUUGUGGUCACUUCCAAUGGAGAGGUUCUAAAGAAACUCAACCCUUAUCUGGAGAGUGGCAAGGUGAAAGCACUGAUUGAUCCCAAAGGACCAUUCCCGUUUUCUCAGGUUGUCGAGGCUUUCUCCUACAUUGAAACUGGAAAAGCUACUGGGAAAGUAGUAGUCUAUCCAAUUCCAUGAGAAAGUAAGUUAACCAAGCAACGAGGGACUGUUCUGGAUGUUCACUUGUUUUAUUUAUGGUAAACUGUGCUUCGAAGAGUAAGAGUAAAUCAGCUGUAUAAAAACAGAAUGUACGAGGCUUCUGAUGUAAAAAGAGAUUGAUUUGAUUCUGAGCUUGAACAUGAGGAGAUUGUUUUAGUUUCCAGCUCAAGUAUACAGAUUUCUUGAUGGACAGAAUGAGCAAAGCAUGCAGUGCAGUCACUGUUUGAAAGCUUAGAUUACAGAUAUGUAUGGAACCAAAAAACGAAAACUCAAUUAUUCUUCAGCAGAAACACAGAGCAAAGCAAGGCAUGCAGUCACUGUUACUGUUUGGAAGUUUGGACCUUGACAUUGUCCUGAGGUUAUUCUUCAGCACAUUUACAACUAAACAUUACUGGAAUGUAAGGGAACAACAACCGUGUUUUUGCAGGAAAUGGAAGGGGCUUCAGACAGAGAUGGUAGGGGAGAUUUUGAAGUCAAGGUCCCAUAGCGUGAAACAUCCAUC